UGGACCCAAGACCGGAGCCAGCAGGAGAACCCGCUGCGCCGGCACCCGAAUUUGAUUCAGCGGGUACAUCCCGUAUUAUUGCUGCUGCCAACAAAAGGAGGAGAAACCCCUCGGACAAAGGGCAGAAACCGAAAAAGAGGGCAAGAAGAGUCGUUCGGACUCUAAGAGACGAAACAGAGGUUGAUUUCCUUGUUCGGAAGGUCGGUGUGACUCCCUCCGUUGACUCUAUACCGGAGGAGGAUACAACCAUUCCGCUGUUUCCUUCAGCCAGGAAAGAACCGCCAGCUCCGGCAUUGCACACAGGUGGGGAAGAAGUUCUUUACCCGACUCCUUUAAGGCCAAUUAAAUAUGUUGACAUUUCAGGUGACGCUUCAUCCGAGGAGACCCCCCUGCAAAGGACCAGAAGAUCCGGGCAUGCACCAACUGCCGAGGCCUAACAGAAGGCUGAGCCGGUCCCCGAGACCGAGGUUUCAUUGGAUACCGGUUCAACACCUGUCGAGGACCUAACUACAACACCCGAGGCACCCGCUCCUACCGAGGCUGCCGGAGCUGUUCCGGCUUCUCCUACUCCUGCUCCGAGGUCGGACAACCUUGAUGAUAUGUUUUUGGAUACCCCUCCUGCAACCGGGGAAGCUGCCGGUUUCGGACAUCUCCCUAUUCCUCAAGUCACGAGGGCAGCUGGUCGGGCCACCGAGACUGGUUCGAGAGAUAGCCUAGUGCGUAUCUUCCCAGCCCCGAAUGUGGAACCUAGAAGGACCAAAUCGGUCAUGGUCACCGUCCCUGAGGAUUGCAGCUUUUUGUCUCGUCCGGUGGGAGUAGUAAGAUAUCUGAGGCCCCUCGUCUCGGACUCGGAUAAGCGAAAGAUGACCGGAGUCCCCUGGCAGAGUCUCAUUAACGAGGGCAUGCACGCGGGCAAUCGAAGUGUGGUGCUCGUCAAUGAAGCCUUCAUCCGUGCUCAGCAAGAAGUUGACGACCUUAAGGGCCAGCUGGAUGCCCAGGGUCAAGAAACGAAGAAGUUCCCGCACCUUUUGCAAGUGAAGGCCAAAAACCUUCGGUUAAAGGACGAAUUAGCCGGGAUGGUCGAGAAGAACCGGCUUCUGGAAGCGGACAAGGUCGGCCUUAGCCAAGAUAAUGCUCGUUUUUCUUCGAGGCUUGGUGAACUCAAAACUAUUAUCACUCAACUCCGAGGGGAGCUUGACUUGGUCAAGACUGAUGCCGUGAACAUGGCCAAGAGGUAUCGGCUGCUUGAAUCCGAGAGUGCUAAGUAUAAGGAGAGGAUGAGGGUAUUCGAGCAAAAAGAUGAGGAUAGGGCCCAGAUAUGCAACGAGCUGAAAAUCGAACUCGAGAAGACAGUCGAGGCUAAAGACCUUCUGAGAGCCGAGCUCGAAUCGGCCAUUCAAAUCCAAGGAGUCCUCGAUGAAGAGAGAGAUGAAUUAGUGGCCAAGCUGGCCCAGGCUGAGGUUGAUUUGGCAGAAUCCCUUAGGAGUGUAGAGGUUGUCGAAGCUCAUACCACGAUUGCGGUGGAGUAUGAACGGUGGAAGUCCCGGAGGGCCACCUUUGAGCAAGCCGAACAUGGUUUUGCGGAUCUCCCGGCCCGGAUACUCGAAGCCAGAAAGACCGAGGAGGAAGCCAAGAAAGCUCUUGAUACCGAUUCCGAGGAUUCUGAGCAGACAGUAUCCGAGCGUUCUGGUUCCAGCUACACCGGAUAAAUCAUAGCCUGUACUUAGCCUUUAU